CGGCUCCUCCCCUCCAGUCUUGCACAGGUGUACCGGCUCCUCCCCUUCAGUCUUGCACAGGUGUACCGGCUCCUCCCCUUCAGUCUUGCACAGGUGUACCGGCUCCUCCCCUCCAGUCUUGCACAGGCGUGGCGGCUCCUCCCCUCCAGUCUUGCACAGGCGUGGCGGCUCCUCCCCUUUAGUCUUGGACAGGUGUACUGGCUCCUCCCCUCCAGUCUUGCACAGGUGUGGCGGCUCCUCCCCUCCAGUCUUGCACAGGUGUACCGGCUCCUCCCCUGGUUACUC